AUGAUUAGUAUUAAGGUUAUAUCACCUAAAUUAAAGAAUGCAAAACAUAAAGCAAAUUUGAGUUAGCCAUCAAUAACUAAAUAUACUAAUUUAAACAGUUUCAAUGAUUAUUUUAGAAGUCAAAGAAUUUAUGAAAAAGGUUCGCGGCAUAAUAACAGGAUAAGCAUUAGCAAUAGUAGAUGUAAAACAGAUUCUCGUUUAUUCGAGAAUUACUCAAGUAGCACAAAAAGAAUGUCUAUGCAAUCAUCAACUUUAUGCUUAUCGAAUACUAAAUCUCAGAGCACAAGUCCAAAGGCAAUAAAUUUAAGUUCUACGAUGAAUUUAAAAUCUUAAAAAAAUGUAACUUAACAAUCUCCAAAGAAGCAGAAACAUAAGUAAAAUUCUAAUCAGCCGAAUCCGUUAUCCUAUGAUUUCCAAAUAAAGUUUGAUGCGCUAUUAUUGAAGACAAAAACAUUGAUUUAACAUUUCAAGUAAAGAGAAAAAAAAUUUAUGAAAAGAGAAAAGGAAUUAAAUCAAGAAAUAUUAAAACUAAAAACUAGAAUAGAAAUACAAAAUAGACUUUUAAUUAGUUAUAACAUUCCUCAAAGCAAAUUUUGA